CCGCCGACGGACAGACGGACGGGCGGCCGGACGGGCGGACACACGGCCGGACAGACGGACGGGGGUGGGGGGCGGCCGUGGGGCUGCGCCUCCAGCCCGGGCCCCGCUGCCCCUGUUAUGGGGCCGGCCCGGAGCAGCCCCCCGAGGAGCUGAGUUGGGGUCGCAGCCAGCCGCCUGCGGAUGAUGGGUACGACCGCCAGCGCGGCGCAGCAGACCGGCCCGGCCUCCGCCUUCGAGAGCGUGCACGGCAUCGGGACCAUGGAGGACCAGCGCUCGCUGAGCAUCCACUCCUUCCAGGCCCUCGGGCUGCACAACAGCAAGGCCAAGUCCAUCAUCACCAACAAAGUGGCACCCGUGGUCAUCACGUACAACUGCAGGGAGGAGUUUCAGAUCCACGAUGAGCUGCUGAAGGCCAACUACACGGUGGGGCGUAUCUCCGAGGCCGCGCCAGAGCAUUACCUGGUGCAGGUGGGCAUCGCCGCGCCUGGCCCCCUGCCCGCCGCCCGUGCUCGGAUCCGGCUCCACCUCUUUCUUACCCCACAGGGGAAAUAUUUCAUGGUCAGAGAUGUGCAUGGCAAGCUGGAUGUCCUGAACACCACCGGCAGCUGCGGCGCCCCGAAUUUCCGGCAAGCCAAGGGCGGCUACGCGGUGUUUGGCAUGGGGCAGCCCAGCCUCAACGGCUUUAGGCUGGUUCUGCAGAAGCUGCAGAGAGAGGGCCACAAGGAGUGUGUCUUUUUCUGCAUCCGCGAGGAGCCCGUGCUCUUCCUGCGGGUGGAGGGCGACUUCAUGGCCUACACGCCACGGGGCAAAGAGAAUCUCCAUGAGAACCUCCGCGGCCUGCGCCGGGGGCUACGUGUCGAGGAUCUGGAGCUCACCAUCCGCAAAGAGAUCCACGACUUUGCGCAGCUGAGCGAGGGGGUCUACUAUGUUUACGAUGACAUUGAGCGGUUGCGGGACGAGCCGCAUGCUGUGCGGGUGCAGGGUGAGGAGGACGUCCAGGUGACGGAGGAGGUGUACCGCCGGCCCGUCUUCCUCCUGCCCGCCUACCGCUACCACCGCCUGCCCCUGCCCGCUGACGGCGCCCCGCUGGAGGAGCACUUCGAUGCCUUCAUCCGCUUCCUCAGGGAGAGCCCCGGCCUCCUGCUGCGGGACCCCGGCGGACCCCCCCCGGCGCUGCUCUUCAGCUGCCAGACCGGCAUGGGCAGGACCAACCUGGCCAUGGCCAUGGGCACCCUCGUCCUCCUCCACCACCGGAGAGCCACGCAGAAGCCUGACCCCCAGCCACCGGCCAAAACGUCGCCAAGGGCCAGGUUUCGGGUGAUCCAGAGCUUCAUCGAGGUGGUACCCAAAGGGCAACAAAUGGUGGAGGAGGUGGACAGCGCGAUCGCCUUCUGCUCGGAGAUGCACGACAUGAAGGAAGCCAUCCAUGAGGCCAAGAAGAAGCUGGAAGGGUUCGGGGAAGACCGCCAGACCCAGGGGGGCAGCACCAAAGAACAUUUCCUCCAGAGGAUCCAGCAGAGCCUCGAGCGCUAUUUCUACCUGGUUGCUUUCAACUACUACCUUCAUGAGCAGUACCCCCUGGGCUUUGCCCUCAGCUUCAGCAGGUGGAUGUGCCGGCACCCCGAGCUGUACCGGCUGCAGGCGGACAUCGGCGCCUCUGAGCUCGCCGUCCCCGGGGACCUCCUGGCCAAGGGGACGCGGGUGCUGGUGGCGGACGAGCGCUUCUGCCCGGACGUGCUGAGCACUGUCAAGGAGAUGAGCGUGGCCAACUUCCGACGGGUGCCCAAGAUGCCUGUCUACGGGACAGCGCAGCCCAGCUCCAAGACCCUUGGGAGCGUCCUGCGGUACCUGACGGACGCAAAGAGGAAGCACUCGCGCAUCCUGUGGGUCAACCUGCGGGAGGAGGUGGUGCUGGAGGGGAACGAGCAGGUCUACACGCUCAGGGAGCCGGGGAGCCUCGACGAGCUCGUCCCUGUGCCCGCCUCCACGCCCGAGCAGCUGGAGAAGCUCGAGUCCACGCUGAAGGGUGACCUGCUGAAGUCGCAGCAGUGGCUGGAGGUCUACCUGGAGGCGGAGAAGCAGAUGAAGAUGUUCAAGAGCUGCCUGACCACCCAGGAGAUCUUCAACCAGCACAAGAGCACCUACCCGGGCCUGACGUACCGGCGCAUCCCCAUCCCCGACUUCUGUGCUCCCAAGGAGCAGGACUUUGACCGGCUGCUGGAGGCGAUGAAGACCACCCUGGCUGAGGACUCACGGGCAGCCUUCGUCUUCAACUGCGCAAGUGGCCGGGGCCGGACCACCACGGCCAUGGUCAUCGCUGUCCUGGCGCUCUGGCACUGUGCUGGCAUCCCCGAGGCGAGCGAGGACGAGAUCGUGAGCGUGCCCGACGCCAAGUACACCAAGGGGGAGUUCGAGGUGGUGAUGAAGGUGGUCCAGCUCCUGCCUGACGGCCACCGGAUGAAAAAGGAGGUGGACAUGGCCCUGGACACAGUCAGCGAGACCAUGACGCCCAUGCACUACCACCUCCGAGAAAUUAUCAUCUGCACCUACCGGCAGGGGCGGUCGGGCAAGGACGAGCAGGAGCGGCGGCUGCUGCGGCUGAGGAGCUUGCAGUACCUGGAGCGCUACAUCUACCUGAUCCUCUUCAACGCCUACCUGCACCUGGAGAAGAAGGACUCCUGGCAGCGGCCCUUCAGCCUCUGGAUGCGUGAGGUGGCGGCCGUGGCUGGUGUCUACGAGGUGCUGGACCGGCUGGGCUUCCCCGAGCUGGAGGGGCCAGAGGAUGAGGAGCCGCUGCGGAGGCUGCGCGGGCGCUGGCGGGCGCAGAGCCGCGGGGACAUGGUGUAGGGGGACGGAGAGGGAUGCUGCCUUCAGGAAAAUAGACUGUUUCCCCCAAAAAAAAAAAUUAAAAAAAAAAAUAAUGGGGAGAGGGAGGGAGGGGAUAGCCCCGAAGCUACUACCUUCAGGAGAAGAAUUGAGGGGGUCUUCACGACGCAAUAAAAGUGUUGUAAAUUAAACAAAAA